UUUUUUUGUUCAACAGAUUUUUAAGUAUUAAACGAAAUAAAAGGCUUAAAAAUCAACCUACAAAACUGUCACGAAUUUAUGGUCAAAUAGUCAAUAACCUUCAUCAGCAGGUGCGGUAAAACAUUGCGUAUAAAGUGACGACGUGCAAAUCGGCACUAUUUCACCAUACGGAGAAGAAAAAAAAACAUCAUUUCGUGGUGUGUUGAGCGAAUGCGAAAAAAUUAAUGGAUAAUAAAAAUAAAUAACGCAAAAAAAAUAGCAGCAUCAGCAUCACAAAAGCAAACGGAAACGAAAUUGCACAUCAACAAUAUCCAUCCACAUUGCGGAAGCAGUUCGUGUGUUUGGUGGUGGUGAAAAGGUGAAAAAAAACAAAACCCUCCACAAACUCAACUGACAGACAUUUCGACGCGUAAGUGUACGCAUCGGAGUGGUUUCGAGUGUAGUACACGCUUGGAAAAUUGGGAGUAAAAUACUGGAAAGCAGCACAAACAAAAAAAAAACGUACUCACCAGAAUGUGGAAACAACUUGCGGGCGAAAAAAAAGUGAAGCAAGAAAUUAAUAUUUAAUUUCAAUUCAACCAAACGAUCUCCGGGGUCUGUGUGUGUGUGUGCGAGUUUUGUGUUGGGAAACGUUUUCCUGUUUUUUUUGUUACUUUGCCGUCCAUCUGUUAACGGUAGGAAAAGGUGCGAAUUUGGUGGUUUUAUUCCCGGUGAUUUGGAACACGAAUCGUAAUGCCUUUUUCGCGGUAGCGUAUUCAAUUCUCCUUUUUUCAUUCCAUUUCAUCCAGUUAGUCGUAGUAGCUGGUUGGGCAGAGUUAGUGAUCAGUGAAAGUAUUAUUGCAAUCAGCAUUACCAUCAUCGGCGUGUAACGCAUUUGGGAAGAAAUCGUGCGUUAAAUGCGAGUGCGCCCGGAAGGUAUGCAAUACGAAUAAUCGCAAGUGUGGCGCGUUGUUUUGUUUACAGUGUAUAUUUGACAGUACGCGGGAGUGUGUGCUGGAGGCUUAGUAAGAGCUAGCAAACAGCUGCCUUCGAUUGUUUGCCUGAACUAAACGCUCUUCCACAGCAGCGAAGCGUACGAUUGCGUGCGAUUUGUUUUUUCUUCGUGGUGAACCGUACAUAAAAAAGUCGCCAAAAUUUAUCCCCACGAUAUGGACUAUUCGUACCUCAACCAGGCGGCAGCUAGCUUCGACUCUAGCUGCCUCCAGGGUGGUAUGGACCCGACCGGGUUGGGCAAUAUGCCCUGCUCGUACGGGGAUCUUACGUCGUGCAGUCAGAUGUCCCAGGCGGCCUAUCGCUAUACGGCGGCUGCCGCAUCCAUGGCACGGUCGUACAAUCCCGUCGGCACGGGCGUUGGACCGGGUAAUGUGACGAUGAGUGCCCUGCAUCAUGCAGCUGCUGCAGCCGGACCCGGAUCCCAAUGUUCGGUUAUGGGUGGCCGAACACACCAGGACGUGCACAGGGCAUCAAUGUUUCAGACUUCAAUGAAUCUCCAGUCUGGCCUUCCGUAUAAGGUGUACGCCGGCCAUGACUCGGUGCUGGCGGAAAAGCGCAAACAGCGCCGGAUACGAACGACCUUCACCUCGGCCCAGCUGAAAGAACUCGAACGAGCCUUCCAGGAGACGCACUAUCCGGAUAUUUACACGCGCGAGGAAAUAGCGAUGAAAAUCGAUCUGACGGAAGCACGCGUACAGGUCUGGUUCCAGAACAGGCGGGCAAAGUUUCGCAAGCAGGAACGGAUCGCCCAGCAGAAGGUGUCCAGCAACAACAACAGCAGCAGCAGUAGCAGCAACAGCAGCACGAACGGUAGCACGAACAACGGGGGCACCGGUGGCAGCGCUAAUCAAGAUUCAUCGUCCGUGAAGAGCGAACAGAAGUCGUCGGUGAACGGUGGCAGCACGACCCCGAAGGACAUCAAACCGCCCGGCUCACCCUGCCUGUCCGUAACGACCCUGUCCACCACGCCCAACUCGAGCGCCUCCUCCCACCAGUCGAACGGUGAUAUCAAACCAAUUAAUGGAAAACUGACAGACGAACUGAACGGAGCGAGUCUUCAUAGCGGACCGAACCAUCAUCAUCUCGUGGUCAGCAAUGGUACGAGCAACAACAACAACAGUCACCAUCACCACAACAACAACAACAACAGCAUCAGCAACAACAAUAACAACAACAACAAGUGGAACCCGUCCUGCAAUCCGCUGCUACAGAACCAGAAGGCAGCCAAUCAUCUCAGCAUGAAUCAUAACCUCCAAAACCAUCAUCACCAUGCGGUGGCGGCACUGUCCUCCCCGUUUUCCUCGCUGCUCGGUGCGGCAGCGGGCGGUGGUGCGGCCGGAUAUCUGCUAGAUCCGCUCGGUGGACUGAACAAGACGACGGCCGCCAAUCAUCUAUUCUAGGGUGGAAAUGCUUGUUCAGGAGCAAGGGCAGCAGCUUAAUUGGUGGAAAUUUUUGGGGAAGAUGCGAUACUUUGAAUGUUGCGAUCUUUAGAGACCUCUGAAUGCUGACCCCGGACGUCCAGUGAGGAAGGUUGGACACAGUAGUGGAGAAGGUGUAGUAAAUGCAGCAACCAUUCAAUUCCGAAUUGGUACACCUUCUUUUUUCCGUCUUUUGCAUCGGUACGGUAUGAGCUCUCACUAAAAAUAAGUCCACAACAGAGGGUAAGAAAGAGAGUAGAUGAGGAAAUAGCAACCGGUGAAUUAAUUAAGGCAAGAUACAACCCAAACUGCAGGUUACGAUUUGGAUAAGGAUCUGGAGAGGCAAGAGGUAAGACGCAGGUUGGAAUCGAAUGGUGACGAACGAGAUCGACCUGACAGCGACGUCGGUCUGUCAUCGUCAGGCGUAGGUGACAUUAAUCAAAAUGAGAUAAAAAAAACACAGGAGAACAAGAAGAGAAUAAGUAGCACUAAAGGAUACUUCUGAAGUGUGGUGUUUAAGUACACACAAGAGUUCGAAACGUAUUCCAAUGCGAACAAUAUGGAAUGGACAUUUAAGCGAUACGGUCUUGUAUACGGAGUGCAGAGGAGCAUCUAUUUCCGAUUGAUGAUAGGAAUCGUGUUUCGUGGAGCGAGAUCACUUUUAUUGAAGGAAACUAGAUGGUAAAAUUAACUAAUUUAAAUACUACUACUUAGAACUUAGAUGCAUUUGACAGGGGGCGGCAGUUUGUAAAUAGUUUCCCCUUGAAUAGGGAACGCGUACUAAUGCGGGACUAGAAGCAAAACAUCGAAUUCCAAUAACAACAGGUGCCAAUCGGUGUACACAAACACUCACACACACAUAUAUACAGUUGCAGUACACUACAGGGAUCUUACUAAUCCUACGAAAAAAAAAUCUCUUACUAAAACAACACACACAUACAAAUGAAAGGACGUGUUAGAAAUGGCGCGCGAAAUCGACAAUGCGACAUACAAAACUGGAAACGAUCCAAAUAGUAUUCCGGAAGGUGUUGAUGCUAAAAACUUUCUCCCUGUUUGAGCGUAGCGCUAACUGCUCAGGAGUCACUUAAACAUUGUUGUACAGCUCUAGGAGUAGGAGAGGUAGACUUGAUUUGCUUGGUAGAAUUCAAUAGUGGUUCCGUGUAAAUGCAUCUUUCGGGAGGUAACUCGGGAAGGACAUGAGUAUUUGGUUGUUUAUUUUUGUUUUUGUUUUGCACUAGUAGCUGGAAUCGUUUCGACCGAAGAUGACAGUAUGAUCAGAAGAUCAAAAACAGAACACUUAAAAGAAGAAGAAAACAAAACAAAAAGAUAAAAGAAAGAAUGAGUGACGCAACGAGUUCUAAGAUUAGUCCCAAUCAUGUCCAAAUGUAAAACCGAACCUGUACGGAAGUGAAAGCAAAACAAACAGGAGGCUCUCCCCCAAAAUAUUGUACGAUAUACAUAGGUUGAUGCUAAGAGUAAGCCAAAUAUACUAAGAAUCUGAUCAACAACAUCACCGUUUGUAUGGAUGCGUAUCCACCGAAACACACAUACUAGCACACGGGACGCAUGUUUUGUUUGACGUGACGAGAUGGCCCGUCUGUCGAAUGUCUACUCCGCGUGAAGCGAUGAUUCGGACGCAGUGGAAUGCACACUCACUGGACACAAUGCUAGAAGUCAGCAACGGGCUCGGGAUGAGACGACGAUAUAUUUUAAGAUGAUCGGUACACACACGAUCUGAUCGGUGGUUUAUUUUUGUUCGUGCCAGCUCAGGCGUGACCAUGCAGGUGAUUGGUGAAGAAUACUUUCGCUCUUUACGGACAUCGUGUGGCAUGCGUCGUUCAUCUCAGGUUUGCAUUUUUCAAACAAAUACUCCACGCAACCAAUUUCCGACCCAAAAGUUCAUCGUUCUUGGAACGUGAGAAAUUCAGAAAAUGACCAUGUGUGGAAGAUGCUGAGAAAGCAACACUGUAAUACUGUGCUGUUGUCAAGCCGUCCAUACCUGUUCCCGGCUGUAGCGUCGCCGACCAUUCGCGUGCAACGUAUUCAUCUCUAAAUUUAGUCACCGGCGAAUCGGGUUUUGUGUGGACUGAUCCGUCAGCAGUGAUGUCCACCAACGGUAAAAUGACAGCGGAUGUUGUUUCACGCUGCAUUUUAUUGGGCCACUUUAAAAUGUACGUCCAAGCUAAAAGGAAGACUAAAGGAGGGAAGGACCAUUUUUCUGUUCAUCCUCCUAUUAAAUACCAGAUUCUUCCCCGUUUUGUUUGUCCGAAUGUCUUGUCCGGGAUGGCAUCGUUUGAUGUUAGAUACACAACAAAUAAACGCUUUUCGGAGCUUAUCCGGAGGUCAUCAAACGGUAACGGUUGGUGGUUUGGGGACGCUUUUGCCAGAAAACAAACAAAGGGAAGAAUCCAUUUUCACAGCAAAGUGACGCCGCGUUGGAACCGCGUUUGAUCGUAACCUUGAGAUCGUACAGGGUCGCUUAAUGGACGCUCGGGGUUGGAAUGGGACGAUUGGCGUUGUUCUAAAAUUAAAACCAAAUUCUGAAGAGGGUCCAUCGGGGUGGUUAAGAUUUCCGGCCGUUGGUAAUAGUGAAGAUCGGGAACCUUAAAUGAAAUGGAAAAAGUACAUUUUGGUAUGUUCCAUGAAGUCGUAGAGUUAGGAUGGCAAAAGGGUGGGGCUGGUGUAGUAAGAAAAUUGCACAACAGGUGAAUCAUUGAGUCGAUCGUUUUUGUCUCUGUUGUCCAUUUCCUAGUUGCGUUAUUAGUCAGCGGCUAAUGUUGGGAAUGAGUGAGGCACGCAUAUAGGUACGACAUUCCAACUGGAUGAAGCUGCAUUCUCAUUAAGAAACUGGCAAUAUUUUGUAAUUAAAUUACCCGCAUGCAACCAUCUAGAACAUCCACUAGUAAUUAGAGUACAAACAUACAGAAGAUCCUUCGCUACUCACAGACACGAGUACACGAGUGUGUACUAUUCGUGAAACGAUCUGCUGAAAGAUUGGAACCAAUUGGAACGCACUGUAAACAAUUCGCACUUGCGUAUGAUGUAUGUGUGUAUGCGUUUGGCAACAGGCACGUGUUUGAAUGCAGUUUGGUCGAAAGAAAUUGAAUUGCAUCAUUGAUAGUGAAUUUGCCUGAUCUUUAGUAGACAGCAGGCGUAUUUGUUUAGAUGAUCUGGUUCAAUGAUUGAACUGUUGAUUAAGAAUAACAUAACCGCGGUUUGUGUGGUUCAUUUUUCAGCUUGUAUCCUUCACGUAGCGUGUCAUCAAUCAGCUGCAAAAAGCAGACGCUUUCUCUCCUCGCUGACAGUUUAAUGUAGUCUUUAACGAGUAGAAAAGAUCAAGUAAUCACUAAACAUUGAUCUUUUGGCAAAAAAGGCAUCCUCUUUUAUUGGUGUAUUUAUUUUAUUUUUCACUUUUUCCAAAUCUUUACUUGGCUCGAACCAUUAAGAAUAUUUUGGCAGCUGAAUUUACGCAAAAAUUCCACAUUUUCUUCAAUGCCUUCCUCUGCCCUUUUCCAUUUCAAAAACACAAAACCCCCCCAAACGAGCGAACGUUAGUGCGUCUGGGAAAAUCUGUCAUUUGGACGGAAAUAAAUUACUCACGGUAUCUGUCUGUGUGUGAAGCGUGUUCCAUCCAAACGCAUGGAGUUAUCGCCACGUCCGGGAUGCGAACGUUCUCGAAAUAAUGAUGUGUAUUUUAUUGUAAACACGUCACCGGGCCGUGUGAGACCAGUAGGUGGAAUGGAGGCAAGUUGGAGAGAUUCCCAUAAACCUCCCCCGGCUCGUUUCGCAAAACAAGAACAUCGGAUAGGAAUAAUCGACAAAUCCGACGCUCCGUUUCCUUCGUGGAUGAGUUAAUGGUGUGGGAAAGAGAGGUAAGCAACGAAGAAAAAGAUGAUCGAGAGAAAACGUGGACGUUAAAGGACGCCGUACCUUGUCCGUCUUUCCUCGUUCCACCCUUCACGCCUUGAUGUUAGUAUUAAAUUUCGGAAAAACAAA